AUGAAGUUCUCUGAGUUUUUCCUCACCCUUUUCAUUCUUCAAGCCAUCUUCUUGCAUCCGUCAAUUCAUGCAGCUCCAAAAAACUCAAACCUCUUUCGAGAGUACAUUGGAGCAGAAUUUAACAAUGUAAGGUUUACUGAUGUCCCCAUUAACCCAAAUGUUGAAUUCCACUUCAUUCUUUCCUUUGGCAUAGACUAUACCACCUCGUCUUCACCCUCUCCCACCAAUGGAAAAUUCAAUAUCUUCUGGGAUUCUGAUAAUCUCGGCCCUUCCCAAGUUUCUUCCAUCAAGAGUGACCAUUCAAAUGUCAAGGUAGCUUUGAGCCUAGGAGGGGACAGUGUAGGCAAUGGUUAUGCUUCCUUCAACCCUUCCUCGGUUGAUUCUUGGGUUUCUAAUGCUGUUUCUUCACUCACAGAUAUUAUCCAGAAGUAUAAUUUGGAUGGAAUUGAUAUCGAUUAUGAGCACUUUAGUGCUGAUCCUGAUACCUUUGCUGAGUGCAUUGGACAGCUUAUUAAAACCCUCAAGGGGAAUGGAGUCAUUUCUUUUGCUUCCAUAGCUCCAUUUGAUGAUGAUCAAGUUCAAAGCCAUUACUUGGCUCUCUGGAAGAGUUAUGGGCAGCUCAUCGAUUAUGUUAACUUCCAGUUCUAUGCAUAUGACCAAGGAACCACUGUCUCUCAGUUUAUUAAAUACUUUGAGGAACAGUCCUCUAAUUAUGCAGGAGGUAAGGUCUUGCCCAGCUUCAUCAGUGAUGGGAGUGGGGGGUUAUCUCCAGAUGAUGGCUUCUUCACUGCCUGCAAUCGCCUCAAAAGCCAGCAACAGCUUCAUGGCAUCUUUGUCUGGUCUGCAGAUGACUCCAAGGCAAAAGGUUUCCGCUAUGAGAAGCAAUCACAAGCACUAUUAGCAAUUCCCCACUAGGAUAUUACCUUAAAAUGUUUGG